AUGGAGCGUACUAGUCACGUUGCGGCUAAAUUUUUGGCUGAAGCUGCCUGUAGUUGUGUCAUGGAGCCGCUUUACUGGAAGCGCCAAAUUGACCCUGUAGAAUCCAAUUUUCCUACGAUAUUGCGGGGGUAUCCAGGCGAAAGGAGAAGCCAAAAAACGAUGAAAGUGUAUCACUUGUCAAAGAAAAUAUCUAAUCGGAAAACUUUUGCUUUUAUCUGCCCUGUUAUCAGUCUUGCCUACGUAAAAGUCGUGAACAGUGUGCGAAGGUCAAGUUCCAAGGGUAGGGUGACGACGAGCGAAAAAGGAACGGAGGUUGGGAUUGAGUUAGGAAUACGAUAUAAGGUGGAUGAAAAACGGGUAGCGGUGGUGGUUGCAUUUCACGUUAAACUGUCAGUUGUCAAACGUGUUGGCAAUGAUGAGGCUGAGGAAAUUCGUAUAAGCCGAAUUACUAUGAAUUAA